AGAAAGAAAUACAGAGCAGUGGCUGUUUAAAGCAUAAAGUAGCUGCUGUAGGUCAAGUGUGUCUGUUAAAGGACUAAUAACGCGAAGGGCGUUUAUGUUUCUGGCCUCACCUCAGCUGAGCAGCGACUCGUAUAUCAAAGCGGAACUCAAGCUGACUUUGACCUGAGCGUUUGUUUCCGCACGAACAGAUAAUCUGGUUUAUCAUUGUUACGUAGCGGAGAUGGCAGCCCUCCGGACGGCACUCCAUGCACGACUUGUUCAGGCCUUCCCCUUCUCUGUUGGCUCACUGCGGUUUGCCAGCUCCUUUAAGGCAGCAGAUCUCAACAUCGAGCGCAACACAACAUGCAAGCCGAAGCCCGACCCCUCCUCCCUGGUGUUCGGCAAACAGUUCUCGGACCACAUGUUGACCAUCAACUGGUCGGAGAAGAGCGGCUGGGAGGCCCCUCAGAUCAAACCUUUCCAGAACCUGUCGCUGCACCCUGCCAGCUCCGCCCUGCACUACUCCAUAGAGCUGUUUGAAGGCAUGAAGGCUUUUCGUGGAGUCGACAACCACGUCCGUCUGUUCAGGCCCAUGCUGAACAUGGAGAGGAUGCACCGGAGCGCCGACAGGUGCUGCCUUCCUUUGUUCGAUAAAGCUGAACUGCUGGAGUGCAUCAGGAAGCUGGUGGAGGUCGACCAGGAUUGGGUCCCCUUCUCCCAGGACGCCAGCCUCUACAUCAGACCCACCUUCAUAGGAACUGAGCCGUCACUUGGCGUGUCUCGGGCAGGAAAAGCUAUGAUCUUCGUCAUCAUCGGCCCUGUGGGGCCCUACUUCACCACAGGGUCCUUUAGCCCUGUUUCUCUGCUGGCGGACCCUGCGUAUGUCAGAGCUUGGCAGGGAGGCGUCGGGGCCUAUAAGAUGGGAGGUAACUACGGUCCUACGAUAAUGGUGCAGAACGAGGCGGUGAAGCGAGGCUGUCAGCAGGUCCUGUGGUUGUAUGGAGAGCAGGAGGAGAUCACCGAGGUCGGCACCAUGAACCUCUUCAUCUACUGGACCAAUGAGAAAGGAGAGAGAGAGUUGGUGACCCCCCCUCUGGACGGCAUCAUUCUCCCAGGAGUCACCAGACAGUCUCUGCUGGACCUCGCCAGAAGCUGGGGCGACUUUAAGGUGACAGAGCGCACGAUGGGCAUGAAGGAGCUGCUCCGGGCUCUGGAUGAUGGAAGGAUCCUGGAGGUGUUUGGAGCGGGGACGGCCUGCGUGGUCUGUCCUGUCGGCAGCCUCCUCUACAAAGGAAAGGUGCACCAGAUCCCGACGAUGCAGAAUGGUCCAGAUCUGGCAAAGAGGUUCUACAAAGAGCUUACUGAUAUUCAGUACGGACGCCAACCAAGCGACUGGACAACACUCGUCGUUUAAAGGGCCACUUUGCACAUGCCAGUUGUAUCAACAGCUAGUCCCAUAAUUCCAGUUUGGACGACCAGCGCCCCCCCUUCCUCCCACCCCCACCCCCACCCCCACCUUUCCCUCCCUCUAAGCUCACUAACGCACUCCUCACUCACCUGCCUGAGCAGACGGACGCUUCCCUCCGUCCGUCUGCUCAGGCAGCUUUUUACAGAUGUUCCUUUCUCCGCGGACUCUCAGAGGGAAUAGCGUUUGGUGGUUUGAAUGUAGCGGCUCGCUUUGGAAAGCAAUAUCAACGACAAUAUGCAAAACAAUACGUUUUGACGCAACACGGCCCUCGACCUCGAGGUGCGUAACCAGAAAGCAGACUGGUCAUUUUGCUUGUCAUCACCAUCAACAUUGAAUUCUUGUCUUUGGCACAAACUGACAUGUUUCAGCCGUAGGGGGUGAGAUAUCUGCAGCUCUGUAUUCGGUGUGUAGGACUUAACGUUAGGCAGCAUUUCAUACGUACUGUUUCAACAAAUGUAUUAAAAUGUGCUCCACAGCAGAAGAUGCUGACGAUAACCUGUACUACUUGCAACGACCUGUGGUGUUUUCUCUGAAACUUUUAACUGUUACAUGUGAGCAGCUGACAUUGGAAACGUGAACGCCUGUAUACUCGUGGUAGGACGUGUGUUGUUACUGUCGUGUACAUGAUGAUGUGAGGGAGUAUUGCUGUAGUUUUCUUGGGGCCACGUCACUUUCGACACCAGAGUUUGCACUGACCUCGGUCGACGUCGGGUAUUGUAUCUGAGUGUGACUCAGCUUUUUUAGGGAAGAUGAACAAGCGGUUUGUUUUUUUUGUUUUUUUUUAAACGUUUGUUGGUUUUGUUUGUUUUUGAGUACGACUGCACAAAAGCUAAAGAUUGAGAUUAAAUAAGAAGGCGAGGUCGGAGCGAACUAUAGCACACGCAGACGGUAGGACGACAGGCCUACACGCUGUAGAAGAGAACUGUUAGAUGCUGGCAGUUACUCCUGCACUAGUUACUGUGUAAUCAUUAUGAAAACAGUGUAUAGUAACAAAUAGAUUGUGUUGUUAUUUUAGAGGAUUUUUAAUUAUUUUUUUUUCCCCCAUGUCUUGUUGUGAAAUUCGGGCGACUGUCUUCCAAAGGACGUGGCUGUGUCACCGGUGUUUUUGCUGUUCGUUUUGCAGCUUCGUGUCCUUCCCUUCUCGCUGGUUUUCCUCUCUUUGAAUGUAGUUUUAUUUUUACACACAAACUGUACACCUGUCCCUCUCUUCUGUCUAAGUGCCUGACCUCGGUCUGUUAGCUCGUUGCCGUCAGCUGCUGUUUUUGGUUUUUCCAGUGUGUGUGCACUAGGGGACUUAGCUGGAUUCUUUAAGUAAUGUCAGUUUUCUGUUUGUGUCUUUUUUUUCUUUUAAAUGUGCUGUUACUUUUACUCGGCUGUUGUUUUUACAAUAAACCGUAUCUGAGUUGA